UCACCUCCUCUCUUUCUCUCUCUCUCUCUACAACCCUCCUCUCUUCUUCUUUUCUCUCUCUCCCUCUCUCUCUCUAAUCUCUCUCUAAUGGAGGAAGAGUAGAAAUUGGAGAGAAUCGUAUACGGUUUCCUCUCCUCUCCUCUCCUCUCCUUUCCUCAAAUCAACGUUCUCAAAUUCGAGCUUCGUCACGUAGAAGGGUUUAGAGCGAGGUGUUCUUCGUGGAGAAGUUUCAGGUUUCCGUAAGGAUCUCUAUGGGAAAUGAAGAAGCUGCAGCCCCUCCCAAGUCUGAUAAAUCGGCAUCACCUGUUCAGGAUCAACCAGUUGUAUACCCAUAUCCUGAUUGGGCAGCUAUGCAGGCCUACUAUGGGCCUGGUGUGAUGCCGCCUCCAUAUUUUGGCGCAGCAGUUGCCCCUGGUCAUGCACCUCCUCCAUAUAUGUGGGCUCCUCAGCCUUUGCUGCCGCCUUUUGGGUCACCUUAUGCUCCAAUAUACUCACCUGGGGGAGUCUACUCUCAUCCAUCUGCGCCCAUUGGAUCUCAUGUGCAUUCUCAAGGGGUCUCACCAUCUUCCGCUUCUCGCGGAGCUCUAGUGACGGCGAAUCCUUCGAGCACGGAUUUACCUGCCAAGUCAGCAAGUAAUAAGGACAAAGGGCCGACAAAAAAACUCAAAGGGCUUGAUGGAAUUUCUGUUUCAGUGGAUGAUGAAAAUGCUGAAAAUAAAUCUGGUGCUGAUGCUGGGAGUGGGUACAAUAGUACAGACGGCUCAAGUGAUGGAAGUAGUGAAUCUGGGGGGAAUGGAAAUGAACGAAAGCGGAGCUCAGAUGACAGACCAACAUCGGAUGACUGUAAGGUAGACAAAAGGGCCAAUGCAUCCAAAGGCAGGGGAACAAACAGCUCAAAAAUACCCUUAAGUGUUACAGUGGCAACAGCAAAUGUCGUGGGAAAUCCAGUAGGCUCUGUGCCUUCAAGUGGUUCAGGGAUGGAUUUCGAUAUCACUAAAGUAAAAGCCAUUGGCACGCCAGUUCCACCACCUGCUGGCGUUAUGAUUACUGGUCGAAAUGGAGUACCUCCUGAAUUAUGGGCAAAGGAUGAACGAGAACUGAAACGUGAAAGGAGAAAGCAGUCGAACAGAGAAUCUGCGAGAAGGUCAAGGCUGAGGAAACAGGCUGAGACCGAGGAGCUUGCCAUAAAAGUUGAGUCACUAAGUGCUGAGAAUUCGUCCCUUAGAUCUGAAAUAAAUCAGCUGACGGAGAACUCGGAGAAGCUCAGAUUAGAAAAUUCUGCUCUCAUGGAAAAACUCAAGAACGCCGGAAUGACCCAAAUAGAAGAGGUAUCUCCUGACAAAAUGGAAACUGAUGGAUCUUCAUCAGUUGUUGUCGAGAACUUCUUAUCAAUGAUCGAUAACCCUAACUCAGCUAGCAGAGGUGUGCAGUUAGACAAUAAGGAGCCUGCGAAGCUUCGCCAGCUUCUGGGCUCGAGCCAGCGAACGGAUGCUGUUGCCGCGAACUGAUCUUCACUAAUCUUGUACUUUUGGGAAAGUUUAUCAGCCCAAAACUACUGCCUAGUAUUAACAUCAUUCUGGGAAUUUGAUUGAACUAGCCUGCGGUUAGGUACAGAUGAGGUAACCUUCCUUUCGGACUCUUUUUAUUAACUCGUUUUGUAAUAUUAUUGUCUCUAACUUUAUAAUGUGUUUAUAUAAGUUGUGUGAUCCCAUUCAUGGAGUUGGAAUGUUUUAGAAUCCCAUGUGGAGGUCAUUUGGAAAGAGAACUGCUGUUAGGGACAUAUACUUUAAGAAAGAACUGUUGUUAACUAUAAAUAUUUAAGAAAGGCUUUCACUUUUGUUCCUCAAAACACCUUUCCAUCUUUUGUGCUGUGUGUUUAGUAGUUAAUACUAGUGUUCAAUGGUUAAAGGUUA